AUGGUAACAGUCAGCAUUUUACUGACUGUUCUCUUUCUUUCAGAUGCUUUGGCUGAUUAUCCUCAGUGGAUAGCACUCUACAUGACUGCCCCAAAGCAGAUGGAAGCACUGAGUGGAUCUUGUUUGCAAAUCCCAUGUAACUUCAGACCCAAAGACGAACAGAAAUUUAUAAGCAAAAGAAAAAUCUUUGGAGUGUGGAUUAAAAUUAAUGGUGACAAAAAGCCAAACAAUGUGAUCUUCAGAAGUAAUGGAGCAGUUAACAUCUAUCCAAUGAGUAUUACUGGGAACCUGAGUCAGAGAAACUGCACCACUCUGUUUUCUAUUUUAACCACAAACUACACAAACACAUACUUCUUCAGAGUAGAGAGUGAAACAUUCAAGGCAACAGCUCAACAUGAUCCUCUUCAAAUAACAGUCACAGAUUCUCCUUGGAGGCCCAAUAUUACAAUCUCAGGUGAUCUGAAGGAGAAGGAGUCUGUCACUAUAACCUGCUCAGCUCUCACUCCCUGUCCACACUCCCCUCCUCAACUCACCUGGAAUCUCCAACAAGACUCUCACAACAAAACAGAGGAAAACACAGAUGGAAGCUUUACAACUAAAAUCCAGCAGAACAUCACUCUGUCAGACACACAUGAUGGAAAGAAGAUCAGCUGCUCUGCCAGAUAUCCUGUGAACCAAGGAAAAGACACCAAGACAGCAGAGACAGAAGAGACUCUCAGUGUUUCAUUGCUCCCCAAAGAAACCACAGCAUUUAUCAACCCAUCAGGUUCAGUGCCAGCAGGCAGUCAGGUGAACCUAGCUUGUUAUAGUAAAGCCAAACCUCCAGUCCGCAGCUUCACCUGGUUCAAGAAGAGCAGAGAUGGAGCUGUGAAAGUAUCUGAAGGAGUGAUUUACAGCUUCAGUGUAACAGAUGGAGGAGUUUAUUACUGUGUGGCCACUAAUGAUCUGGGUAAUCAGACAUCAGCAGAGAUUGACUUGACUGUUGGAGGUGGAAACCUGGUUGGUGUCUACACUAUAGUGAAGACUGUGGGAAUCAUAAUGCUCGUGAGCACACUGAUCGUAUUUGAGUGCUGGUUCAGAUCAAGAUUCUCCAACAAACCAGAUACUGAAAGCUGUCAGAUGAACAGAGUCACAUCACAACACAUCAACUAA